AUGCCAUCAAACCUAGAGAUUGCAUCCUCGUUUAUUCGAGGUGCGCCGCCAGGAGAGCUCUCGGACGUUGUUGCAGAUAUAAAAGCAUUGACGCCUGAGGGACCGAGUCUCAUCUCAUCUCUCACACCCGCCUUCGAGAACUAUAACGAGGGACAACUGGCGACUGUGAAGUUGCCUGGUGGCAGUGAAAAUGUUAUCGUGAGUGCAUAUAAUAAGCUUGACGGCAAUCGAUACUACGAUGUAGAGAGUCAGACAUCGUUUGAGUUUGAUCAUGUCACUCAGACCGCCUCAUCACCACAAUCCUAUGUCCUAGAGUCACAGCACUCCGACUUGAUUAAAUCGCUCCUGAAAUCGCUCUCAACACAUGCUCGAGAGCAUUAUCCAAGCUGCUCGUAUGGUGUGUAUCCAACGGACAAUGACUCUGCCGCUGCCAUUCUUUUAGUUGCGAACAAAUAUUCCCCAAACAAUUUCUGGAACGGCCGCUACCGAGCCAUUUACACUGUCCCCAUCCCCUCCGCAGACACCAUAACAGGCACUAUCCACAUAAACGUCCACUACUACGAAGAUGGCAACGUAUCACUAAACACUACGAAACCCGUCUCGAUAUCCCUCUCUCCCAAUUCUUCCGCAGAUACCAUCAUCAAGCGCAUCGCUGCUGCGGAACGGGCACAGCAGCUCGAACUCAGCGAUGCUUUUAGUAGAUUAUCUGAGGGGGCAUUUAAAGGCCUGCGCAGACAAUUGCCCAUUACACGGCAAAAGGUUGAGUGGGAGAAGGUGGGUGGGUAUAGGCUUGGGCAGGAUAUUUCUGGCGGGAAGGGUCGGUAG